UUCUGUUUUCAUAACGGAAAAAGAUGGGUGAUAACGCUGCCGUGAAGAACCACCGCCACCAAGUUUUCGACGUCUCCGCCAACGUGGCUCCGGCAGGGUCAAGGUGCUUCGACGAUGACGGCCGCCUCAAAAGGACCGGGACUGCAUGGACAGCAAGUGCUCACAUAAUAGCAGCUGUGAUUGGGCCUGAACUGCUGUCCUUGGCUUGGGCCACAGCCCAACUUGGAUGGAUCGCUGGUCCAACUGCCCUCUUCUUGUUCUCCAUUGUCACUUACUACACCUCCACCCUCCUCGCCGACUGCUACCGCUCCGGCGACCCUGCCACCGGAAAAAGGAACUAUACUUACAUGGAUGCCGUCAGCUCCAAUCUCGGUAGAAUGAAAGUUAAGGUCUGCGGGUGGAUUCAGUACCUCAACCUUUUUGGAGUUGCCAUUGGCUACACUAUUGCCGCUUCCAUAAGCAUGAUGGCAGUCAAGAGGUCUAAUUGCUUCCAUGCCAGCAGAGGGAAAGACCCAUGCAAAAUAUCAAGCACUCCGUACAUGCUCGCGUUUGGUGCAGCAGAGAUCCUCUUCUCUCAGAUACCGGACUUCGAUCAGAUCUCAUGGCUUUCGAUUGUCGCCGCGGUCAUGUCCUUCACUUACUCUUCCAUCGGUCUUGGCCUCGGAAUCGCCAAAGUUGCCGAGAGUUGGAAGUUCAAGGGAAGUCUUACUGGAAUAAGCAUUGGCACUGUGACUGAGACUCAAAAAGUAUGGAGGAGCUUUCAAGCAUUGGGAGACAUUGUUUUUGCCUAUUCUUACUCUCUCAUCCUUGUUGAAAUUCAGGACACACUCAAGUCCCCACCAUCUGAGUCCAAAACAAUGAAGAAGGCUACCCUAAUAAGUGUCUCAGUGACAACUCUUUUCUACAUGCUCUGUGGCUGCUUCGGCUACGCUGCCUUCGGGGACCUCACCCCCGGAAACCUCCUCACUGGCUUCGGCUUCUACAACCCUUUCUGGCUCCUAGACAUCGCCAACGUGGCCAUCGUAGUCCACCUCGUCUGUGCAUACCAAGUCUACUGCCAACCCCUGUUCGCCUUUGUCGAAAAAACAGCUGCGGAACGGUUCCCAAACAGUGAAUUCAUUAAAAAGGAGUACAAAAUCCAAACUCCAAUUCCCGGGUUCAGCUAUUUCCGCCUCAACAUCCUCCGGUUGGUGUGGAGGACCCUUUUUGUGAUCCUGACCAUUGUGAUAGCGAUGCUCAUGCCAUUUUUCAAUGUUGUGGUGAGAAUCCUUGGAGCUUUUGGGUUUGGGCUGUUGACGGUAUAUUUCCCGGUGGAAAUUUACAUUGUGCAGAAGAAAAUACCGAAGUGGAGUACCAUGUGGAUGUCUCUUCAAAUUCUCAGUGCUGCUUGUCUUGUUAUUUCCAUUGCUGCCGUGACUGGAUCCUUUGCCGGACUUGUUGAAGAUCUCAAGUCUUACAAGCCUUUCAAAUCCAGUUAUUGAGAAGCUGCGUUUGAUUUCCUCGGUAGCAGAGAGGGAUUCCUAGAGCAAGAAAUUGAACAAAAUGGGAUUUCAAUUCUUGCUGAUGUUCAUA